AUGGCUGUUGGGUCUUGGCUGUCUGGUGUCCCCAUGGCUCUAGGCUUUACCACGUGGCUGUUUACCCUGCCCUUCUGUGGCAGAAACAUGGUCAAUCAUUUCUUUUGUGACGUUUCUGCGGUGUUGCAGCUGGUGUGUGCAGACACAGCCUUGUUUGAACUACUGACUUGUACUGCUAUUGUCAUAAUAGUGAUGAUUCCCCUUUUUCUGAUAGCCACCUCUUACCUUCACAUUAUCCAUGCUGCUCUUCAGAUACCCUCAGCUGUGGGCCAGAGGAGGGCCUUUUCCACCUGUGCAGCUCACCCAGUGGUAGUGACUUUCUACAGUACAACUGGCAUCACUCACCUGCAACCCAAGUCCAGCCUCUUGUCCAACAUGGGGAAAAUGACUUCCCUGUCUUACAUCGUUGUCACAGCCAUGCUCAACCCCAUUUUCUACAGCUUGAGGAAUCAGGAAGUCAAGCAAAGCCUGAGGAGAUGCAUUGACACGUGGUUACUUAGGAAGCAGAUGGCCAUAUUUUCUCCAUCCAGGUGA